AGGGCCGGCAUGGAGCGGUGGCGUGACCGGCUGGCACUGGUGACGGGAGCCUCGGGGGGCGUCGGCGCGGCUGUGGCCCGAGCCCUGGUCCAGCAGGGACUGAAGGUGGUGGGUUGUGCCCGCACCGUGAGCAACAUCGAGGAGCUGGCUGCCGAAUGUAAGAGUGCAGGCUACCCCGGGACUUUGAUGCCCUACAGAUGUGACUUGUCAAAUGAGGAGGACAUCCUCUCCAUGUUCUCGGCGGUCCGCUCUCAGCACAGUGGUGUGGACAUCUGUAUCAACAACGCUGGCUUGGCCCGGCCUGACACCCUGCUCUCAGGCAGCACCAGCGGUUGGAAGGACAUGUUCAAUGUGAACGUGCUGGCCCUCAGCAUCUGCACACGGGAAGCCUACCAGUCCAUGAGGGAGCGGAAGGUGGAUGACGGGCACAUCAUUAACAUCAACAGCAUGUCUGGCCACCAAGUGCCACCCCAGUCCGUGGCCCAUUUCUACAGUGCUACCAAGUAUGCCGUCACUGCGCUGACAGAGGGGCUGAGGCAAGAGCUUCGGGAGGCCCAGACCCACAUCCGAGCCACGUGCAUCUCUCCAGGAGUGGUGGAGACACAAUUCGCCUUCAAACUCCAUGACAAGGACCCUGAGAAGGCAGCUGCCACCUAUGAACACAUGAAGUGUCUCAAACCUGAGGAUGUGGCCAAGGCUGUCAUCUAUGUCCUCAGCACCCCGCCACAUGUCCAGAUUGGAGACAUCCAGAUGAGGCCCACGGAGCAGGUGACCUAGUUUCCUGUGGGGAGCUCCUCCUUCCCUCCCUGCCCCUCAAGGCUUGGCACCUGCCUCUGGAUUUGGGGUGUUGAUUUCUGGACCCUUGGAUUCCACUUCCUUUCCCCACCCCCAGCAGGGGCUAGAAAACUUGUUUGAGAUUUCAUAUAAUCUUGUCAAAUUGUUUCCACCGAAUUUGAAAAAUGGGCAGGGGAGAGGAGGUGUUUGUUUUCCCUACUGAUUCAUUCUUGGUCUCCUUCUUGGGCUCCUUGGCCUUUGUUUGCUGUCCUUGGUCUCUUCCCUUUGACCUGGGAAAGGGGCUGUGGCCAAAAGUGGGGCUUUCCCCUAUCUUCUUGCACCCCACCCUCGUCCCUUCAGGAUGAGGUGGCAGAGGGAAGCCCUCACCUUCCAUCUGAAUGGAUUUCGGGGCUCUGGGCUUCCUCCUUUCCCUGCAUCCCACCCCCCACCCCAUCUAUU